CGUAUCAAAUGGAACUCAGCCCACGAAAAGCCACACCAGCCCAAGCAAAAAACACAGAUAGCCCAGCUUAUAUGUACAUAUCGUUGUGUCUUUAUUUGCCUCAAUAUCUCCGAACUAGGGUUUUCAAUUUCGGCGCCCCUAGUCCCAGCUUCACAGCAACAUGCCUAAGCAAAUCCACGAGAUUAAAGAUUUCCUUCUCACUGCAAGAAGGAAAGAUGCACGUUCUGUGAAAAUCAAGAAGGGCAAGGAUGUUGUCAAGUUCAAGGUCCGUUGCUCCAAGUACCUGUACACACUUUGUGUGUUUGAUGCAGAGAAGGCUGAAAAGUUGAAGCAAUCUCUCCCUCCCGGUUUGAGCGUGCAAGACCUGUGAAAAUGGGACCUGGACCAACAUGUCAAAUGGUUACUAGAGAGAAUGAGUUUUUGCUUUAUUUUGUGCUUUUUCUCAGUAGUUGAAGUACUUAAUUUCUAAUGGGAUUGGGCCUGGUCAUCCACUAGGUUCUAGGAGGAUAUGACCCCUCAAAAGCAUUUGAAAAUCUUAACUCAGGAAUUUUGCAUUAUUGCAGUUUCCUUUGGACUUUUGUUUGUUUUUUCUGUUUGUUCAAUUUAUGGAUGGUUUAGCUGUUUUCUUUA